AGGAGGAGAGACGCAUUAUUGCAGUUACCUACAGUGCCGUAACACUUUGCACGGAACUACCGCACUUCUCACAAAAGACACAGGGAGGGAGCGAGAGAGAGAGAGAGGAGAGACAGAAAUCUAAGACAGACAGCAGAUUUCUCUCAUGACUGCACUUUUUUUCCUACUAAUUUUGAAAUUGCUUGAAUUUGUUGGAAGCUUUCAGAAGAGGCGACUACCCAACCACCCAAUCAGCUCUGCGUCUCAGUGAGCAUCCAGAAGCAGCUCUAAACGCUCAGCAUCACUUGGAGGAGCUGGAUGCAGCCCUGCUGGAAUUUAAACAUCCGUGGAUAUCUCUUUAAUGGAUUAUAAUUCUGAAGUACUUUUCUCCUGAGCUCCGUCACUUCCUGUUGUCCUUACCAGCCACAUAGUGAGUUAUUGCCCGACCUAUGUGGUUCUGUAUUGCGGUACUUUGCUGACGACUUGCAGUAUACAUGCAUCGCUAGAAGAGCUGCUCUACUGCACCAAGAAGACCCUCCGCCCUUACUUUCUUAAACCUUUUUGCUGAUUAAAAUUAGUGACUUUUACCAUUUUGGACGAGUGCCUAGAAAUUUGCAUCUUUUUUUAUCCUUGAGAUCUUGUUCUCCCUCUUUCUUUUUUUUAUUUCGCGCUGUACUUCAGACCCUCCCUCCCCUGCCUUACAGCCACCCCUCCUUCGCUGUCCGUGAGUCAGUUCAAACAGCUGCAUAGAAGAUGUCUGCCCCAGAUGCUGCCCCACCAGCUGGACCUCCAGGUGCUCCAGGUGCUCCCGGUGCAGAUGGAGCCCCAGCAGGCGCACCUCCCGCCCCACCCAAUACCAGCAGCAACCGCCGGCUACAACAGCAGCAGGCCCAGGUUGAGGAGGUGGUGGAUAUCAUGCGGGUGAAUGUGGACAAGGUUUUGGAAAGGGACCAGAAGCUUUCAGAGCUGGAUGACAGAGCAGACGCUCUCCAGGCUGGAGCCUCUCAGUUUGAAAGCUGUGCAGCCAAGCUAAAAAACAAGUACUGGUGGAAGAACUGCAAGAUGAUGAUCAUGAUGGGUAUUAUUGGAGUCAUUGUGGUUGGAAUAAUAUUCUUGUACUUCUUCCACUGAGCUCCGCCCAUCAUUACAGAUGGACAUGGACUUGAAGAUGAUAUAAGAGGGAAGAGAAAAAAACAAAAAGAAAAAAAACCCAAAUGCCACUCCUCCCCUUUUAUCAGCCCUCUCCUCCCUUUUCACACAGUCUUCCAUCAAACCAUCUUGCACUUAAACAUGACGGUAGUUUUCGUAGGCGUCUCUGCUCCCUUUAUCACCUUCCCCCCUUUCUUCUUGCUGCUUUCUUCAUCUGUUUCUCCAUGAGGUCUCACCCACUUUCUCCUGUCUGUGCACUUCAUGAAUUAUUGAAGGCUGCAGCUGGCAGGCUGAUGGAAGAAGAAAUAAAGAAGCAGGAGGGAGAGAGAAAUUCCAGAUGAAAUGUGAGGACAUGGGGCUAAGCCCACCUGAGAUAAGGGGUGGAAUGUGUUGAUAGCGACUGAACAAGAGUUUGUAGUCUUUCUACUAUAAAUACGCCAAAGCUUGUUCAAAUUACCAUUUUUGAGAGACCUACAUUUGUAAAUUGAUACUGACAUGCCUAACUAACACACACUCUUUGUCAUUACUGCUUCUAUCAUUGCUACUUACUAAUACAUGUUAGAUUAAGGUUAUGAUCAUUUUUGUUGUAUGUGUAAUUGUGAUCCAAAGCACUGUAGCUAAUAGCUUUUUCCACGUUUACCUGAUAGGCUUUUACCAGUAUUAUUUCCCCCCCAUUUCCUGUUUAACUUUCUCUCACUUGACAAGAAAGGAGAAAUCCAAAAAGAAAAAAAAGAAAAAGAAAAAAAAAGAAGAAGAAAAGGGCUGUGUAAGAGUUUGAGAAAGGAGGAGGGAAUUCAGGGAAAGAUGGCUGGAGUAUUGCAACAAUUUCCCCAUGAAUAAGUGAAACCUAAUGCAUAACUGAUGAUCAGUUAUCAGUAAAAUAAUCUUGUAAAUAUAUUUCAUUUUUACCUGGGUUUUUGUACCACAGGCGGAAAAAAUGAUGACAUUAUACUCAUUGGCAUAGCAAUAUGUAAACAGCCAGACAAACACACAAUUCAGCAACUAACAGACAAUCUACUGUAUGCAUCAACUGAGUGUAAAGCCCAAGAGGAAAGUCUCAACACUCUGAUUUGGACAGAUUUACAGCCAUGGACAGAUGAAUGUGUUGCGCCACGUUUCAAACAAACUUGUUUUGAGAGCUGUUGAGUCAACAUGUUUGUUGUUUAAGUUGAUCUGAUUUUCAGAGUGCAGGAAAAUGGGAGCAAGGACGAGCCACCUGGCCAUCCCAUCCCCUGCUGACUCACAUAAAAUACAGGCUCAUCCGUCACCUGCAGUACCAUAACGGCCAGUUUGAGGUGUUUGUUUCUUACCUGCAUGGCAAACAGUGUUCAUAGUUUUGCCUAUUUGUGUGACCUGUGUCUGCCAUUUCUAAAUCUUACUGCCGAUUGUACAUUUUCUUUAGUUAGUGGUUCAAGGACCUGUGUAUAAUAUCUUUCUGAUCAGAUACUUACUGCUUAUGCAAUAUGCAAUGCAACAAUGCUCACAAGUUUGCCACUUGCUUCUGAGAGAAAAAAAGACUGCAAACAACUAUUGUCAACAUUUGAAAUAAUAUGUAGUGUCAUUAUAGUAGAACACGUGCACAUCUGUCAGUUUAUGCUCCUGAGAUUCAUUCAGGUGUUGGGAGGGCUGGUGGAGCUCAUUUAACUUUCUUUGGACUGAUUUUGAAAGAUAAAACUGAAAAUUUGAACAACCCUGCAAAGUGCAUUUAUGUACUGUAGCGCUAAGCCAAAAUUAUCUAAUGAUAUUGUGCAACAAUAUUAUCAGGUAAUUACUAAGUGAGAUAAUAGAAUACGUUUUGUGACCUGGAUAAAAAAAAACAUUAAGAGAUGCAAAUAGAUUUGCAAAACCAAUUGCAUGUUUACCACGUUUGCUGAUGCCAAUAAAGAAAUCAUAAACUGAA